GACCAAACCAAUAUUGGUGUAGUGGAAGCAUCCACUUUUUGUUCCAAAUCCAAUUCCAACCUCUUCUCUCACUCCACUACAAAACUUCUUCAUUUCUCAACAUUUUCCUCUCAUCUCUUCCUUACUCUCUUCAACUCGCAAAAUGACCGAACCACCUUCCAAACCCAACGGUAACGGCGCAAUUAACGGUGUCGCUGCAACUAACGGUAACGGAAAUCCAGCUCCGGUGAAAUCUCAGCUUUACAAUCCAAACCGUCAAGUUUACCGUCCUCAACAAUACAAUCGUCGCCGUCGAUCUAACCGUAGCCUCUGCUGUUGCUGCUGUUUCUGGACAAUCCUCACCGUUCUCGCCGCCGCAUUUCUCGUCGCGAUUGUCGGUGCUGUAUUCUAUGUACUCUACCAUCCUCACCAACCACAAUUCUCCAUCACUAACCUCCGCAUUGCCAAGAUGAAUCUCAAAACUCCAGCUGAUUCACCUUCACAUCUCACUACACUCUUCAACCUCACACUCAUCGCUAAAAACCCUAACAAUCACCUUGUUUUCUUCUACGAGCCUUUCACUGUCACUGCUUUCUCCGAUUCCGUUCAAAUCGGGAACGGUUCGUUGCCGGCGUUUGAUUCCGGUAAGAAUAAUCAAACGAGUCUCCGAUCAGUGCUGUCGAAUUCUCAAGAUCUGGAUACGGAAUCAUUGGCUAGUUUGAGAUCGGGUUUGAAGAAGAAGAGAGGUUUUCCGGUGACAAUUCAGAUGGAUACGAAGGUGAAGAUGAAGAUGGAAUGGUUGAAGAGUAAGAAAGUUGGAAUUAGAGUGACGUGUGAAGGAAUUCGAGGAACUGUUCCCGCCGGUAAGUCGCCGUCGGUGGCUUCUGUUAUCGACUCAGAAUGUAAGGUGGAUCUUCGAAUCAAGAUCUGGAAAUUCUCAUUUUAGUUUUGUGAGUGAUAAUUACUAUUAUUAUUGAUGAUUCUUUGUUAAUCAGUACUAAUAAUCAAUCCAAUCAUCAAACUCUUUUAAUUUUGAAUUUUAUAUUUCAUUCUUUUUUGGUUUCAUAAUUACCUUUUUUAUUUUUUUUGGACUGGAUUGAUUAUGGUUAUGAUGAAAAUGUGUUGAGAAGGUCAAAUUUGUAAGGGGAAAUUAAAAAUUGAUUUGAGUUUUUUUGUUUUUGAUUUGGAUCAUUGUAAUUUGUUAUAAUAGUAGUAAUGCAAUGCAACUGCAAAUUAUAUCUGGUUUGAAAUUUUAA